CAACGCGUCUCUGCUUCGGAGUUAGGUUCGUACGGUAGACUUUUCUUCUGCGGAUAAGAACAACCUCUCUCUCUCUCUCUCUCUAACCCUUCUUCUUUAUCGUCUGUCGCCGCCUCCACUUCCCCUCCCUAUAAACCUUUCUCUUCCCUUUUCGUCUACAUUUUUUUCUCUAAAGCCCACUCCCUCAUUCUCUCUCUGUGUCCUCAUUUUUAGUAGACGAACAUUCUCUCUGUAUAACUUCAGUUUUCAAAGCUGGCGAUCGAAAAUCAAGAAACUAGUGUUCGGGAAAUCAAGCCCAAGAACAGAAGAAUCAUGGGAGCCGGGGGUCCUGAUGAGGAGGACAACAGGUGGCCUCCAUGGCUUAAGCCUCUGUUAAGAGAGCAGUUUUUUGUUCAGUGCAAAACACAUAUUGAUUCUCACAAGAGCGAAUGCAAUAUGUACUGUUUGGAUUGUAUGAAUGGCGCUCUCUGCUCUCUCUGCCUAGCCUACCAUAAAGAUCAUCGUGCUAUUCAGAUAAGGAGAUCGUCGUACCAUGAUGUUAUAAGAGUAUGUGAGAUUCAGAAAGUGCUGGACAUAUCUGGAGUUCAGACAUAUGUGAUAAACAGUGCGAAGGUGGUGUUUUUAAACCAGAGGCCUCAGCCAAGGCCCGGCAAAGGCGUUAUCAACACCUGCGAGGUUUGCGAUCGCAGUCUCGUCGAUUCUUUCCGCUUUUGCUCCCUCGCCUGUAAGAUAGUGGGAACAUCGAAGAAAAGGAAGGGGAUGGAAUCAGAUUCAGAGGAUUCAUAUGGCAGCAGCCAUAGGAAGCAGAAUAAAGAAGUGGCGAGCUUUACUCCAUCAACACCUCCUCCAACCCUAGUAGUCAAUAAUUACAGAACGGCAAAGCGGAGGAAAGGAAUUCCUCACCGUGCUCCAAUGGGAGGACUUGUUAUGGAGUAAUAGAAGGAAGUAAAAUUACAAUAAUACCCUUUUGUGUUGUGUGUAUAUCAUCAACCACGAAAAGACAAAGCCUAGAGAAUUGAAAAAAUAAUAAUAAUAAUAAUGUAAAAUAAGUUGUCCCAAUAUCUAAGUAGGUAAAAGGGUUUUGAAAGUGUUGGGUGUAAAUAUAGACAGAUAGGUUUCCUUUUUAGGGGAAUGUACUCUCUACAUAUGAAAAUAAGUCAUCUUUUAUGUAUUCAUUCAUAUCUUGCAUUAGAUUGUAUCUUUUAUCUGUUUGACUAAUGGGAUCUUUAAAUUUGGAAA